AUGGACACUCUCAGAUCGAAGGUGACUUCUGCAUGGGCACUGAAGGAGGAAUUAAUUCUGAAAUCCCUUGGUAAGGGAUUUGUACUCUUCCGUUUUCAGUCGGAGACGGAUAUGCUGAACAUCUGGAAGAGAGGUCCGGUCAGGGUAGAGGGACAGCUCUUGAGGUUCCAGAGGUGGCGACCGGAAUUCAAAGUGGAAGAUGAGGACAUCACCCACAGGCUUGCGUGGGUUAGGUUUCCAAAUCAUCCCCAGGAAUACUGGGAUGAAGAAAUACUGCUCACUAUGGCUAAAGCAGUGGGACGACCAGUAGCGAUUGAUCGAAGAAUGAAAGAUUCUCACUACGAUCACUUUGCUGGUAUUUAUAUUGAUUUAGAUGACUCUCAGCCUUGGGUUGAGGAAAUUUAUGUUGAAAGGGAACAUGCUUCUUCUUCAGAUAUUUUUCUUUUCAAACAGGUUGUCAAGUAUGAAAAUCCACUUUCUAGGUGUGUGCAUUGUCGUCGUUUUGGGCAUAGGCCUGAUGAGUGCCCUAUUAUGAGACGAGACAAUGAGCCGGAGGGUAUGGUGCCUGGUGAAAAUUAUGCAGAUGCACGACCACCAGUGGUCCGCCGGAGAAGAGAGUGGCGUCCUCUCGAAGUGCGGUCUGAGAUGGCUGCUCCGUCCAAUCUAGAAGCUGAGGUGGCAGGCACAAGUUUAGGAGAUCCUAUCGUGAUGGACUCUUUUCCAGAUCGUAUGGGAGAUUAUAACGAUUUGAAUCCUUCUGAAACUAGAAGUCCAGCUGUCCUGAGAGUGGAUGAAGGCAUUUUAAACCAACUUCCUAAAGAUGGGCCAAUUGUAUCUAUUUUUUUAUCUUACGUUCCAUUAGUUGACGGCUCUCAAUCAAAUGGGCAGGCGGAUUUGGAAUCGGGUUCUGGCCCAGAUUCAAGUGAUGAUGAAUCCGGUUCAUAUGUUCAAAAUGAAGGAACUGGGAUAAUUCACCAUGAGCUAUCGGAGCCUCAGAUGGGAGAAGAAGAAAGCUAUUCUGAAAUUCCUUUCACUACUUUAACGAGGAAAAAACCAGAAAGGGAAGACGAGGACAGGAGCUGA